CCUAAUCUUGAAAAGCAAGUGGCCCCAUCUUUAAUCUUCUUCAAUGGCAUCUACUUACGAGUACUACAUGUGGCAAGAUUUCAACAACAAGGAUAGCAACGACAUUGAUGUUGAUUGUGAUAUAUUCGAUAUCCAAAUCCACUUCCACCAUGUUCUUGAAAUACAUUACCCUGAAAGCAAUCAGAUUCCCGUAACAACAACCCACAGAUCAUUCCCUAUACCUCGAAACCUAAUCUUUUCAUCAGAUGAUCAGUCUCGGUCAUCUAUUAUGGACGCUAUACUUUCCACCACUGCUGCCUCAAGAGACUUCAUUGAUUUAAUCUUGCCUGAAGUAUCUUCGUUUGCUUUGGAAAUGGCUACUCACCCAAGCAAUAAGAAUGUUAAGGUGCUAACAAUGGGCUUGCUUAUCUGUGUUGUUACUCCUUAUGAUGAGCGCGAAGAGAUUGAUCGUGCUUUGGGUGAAACGAUUCAAGAAAAAGCAAGGUUUAAGCCCGCGAGUAAAUCUUGCAUUGAAGGAUUAAAGAGGGUUAGGAUUGAUAAAGAUGAUGAUAAAAUAUCGGGUGAAACAUGCAUGGUGUGUUUGGAGAAAGAAUCGGUUGGUGAAGUGGUUAUAAGGUUGGCUUGUGGCCAUGUUUUUCAUGAGGAUUGUAUCGUCAAGUGGCUACAUACAAACCACUUGUGCCCUUUGUGCAGGUUUUCGAUUUCUUGAUUGAUGAUGAUUUGCGUCAAGGAUCCAAGAACAGCGAUCUUUCUCCUCCAAGAUUCUUGGAUUUUCUUGAUUACUGAAAGUACAAGAAAACGGAAAUCCAAUUGAGCCAAGGAUUAGAGAUCCUCAUGGACAGACAUAGAUGACAAAACUCGAACCACCAUCUCUAGUUGGAUCACUUCUUUUUGUUGGUAUAUAUGAGACAACUUUUAAAGCAACUCAUAUGUAUACUAAAAGCUAAGCGAUUUUUACAGUGCUACAUGCUUUUAUCUGUAAACUGAAUCAUAGUCUUUUUCCCCGAGUAUGACAUAGUGUCUAUUAGUAAUAUAUGCAAGUGAUGAGUAUAGAAUCUGAAAUUUGGUUUACUGAACACCAAUAUGCAAGAAUUAUUUUUGAGGUUCUUCUUGAUACUUGAUGGAUGGAAUCAAACUUUAAAAUACUCAAUAUUCAUAUGAAUGUUCUUGUGAUCUAGUAACGAAGUUGGAGCUAAUUAUCCACAUUAUGAUAGUUGUAAAUCUAGAUAAGGACAGAAAGUUGAUUAAUUGGGGUUGAUUGUUCAUUGUCAACAAGCUCGGACGGCAGGUUUUAUGAUUCCUUAAUUUUUUUUUAAAUGUAUCUUUAUUCAAUAAUUAUAAUUUUCUAUUUAUUUAUUAGGAUUUCUCAAAUCUUCUUUCUUAGAGCUUUUUAUAUUUUUUUUAUAGGAUUUGGAUUUUUUUAUAGAAAUGUUUGUGGUAUUUAAUAAAGCUGAAAUGUGAUGUUCUUGUAAUCGAAUCGGUGUAUGUAAUUGAAACUAUAGUGAGUAAGUGUUAAAUAGCAAAUUGGAAGAGAUUUACUGAAGAAUAUGAAAUUUAAAAAAAAAAGCUGACACUAAAAAUAAUUGACAUUUUAAGCCACUCAUGAAUUUUAAAUUAUUAUUUUAGAGAGUGGAUUAGUAUUCAUGUCAAGAACUAAAACUUUUCAUUCAUAGCCGUACGGUGUGUAAUAAGCCUUAAUUGGAUAUAGAAGACAGUAGACAAUUACUUAAUUUGUUGCUUUUGGUGGGUUAUAUAAGUGAAUAUGGAAACACAAACAAUAUUUAUUUUCGAUUAAAAUCCAAUGUGUUUCACGUCUAAGUUUGUAUAUAUGAGAACAACUAAGGGGCAAAAAGAGGUUGAGAAAUCUGCCGGACACUGAAUUUGAAUUGACAAGUUUAAAUGCAAACGGUUGGAUUGCGAUGGCCACCUGGUGAGGUGAAAUGGAAUGCAAGAUGGGUCCUCGAUCAGGAAACCUGGUUUAGAUGGUGCUACCAGAGAUCAUACGAGUUCGGUCAUUUGUCUCUUUUCAAUUGCUUGUGGUAUUCUUGAUUCUAAUUCAGCAGAAGUGUAGAAAAGCUCUACAGCUAACAGUUGAAAAUCCUGCACUUACUUUCUCUAGCCUUGUUAUUAAAUCUGACUCAUGUAUCUUGGAUUCUCAAGUCUAAUGACUGUAGGCCUUGAAAUUUUCAUAUUAAUUGCUGCUGAGUUUUGUCAAAUCGACAACUUAA